UAGGUACGGUGGGGGAAGUUGAGCGAAGAAAAGAAAAAAUGAGAGAGAGAACGAAGGUGAAUGCAAUGAGAUCGGGUGUGGUGGUGAUUGGAGCCUUGGCAUUCGGUUACUUGACCCUGCAACUUGGUUUCAAGCCCUACCUUGAGAAAGCCCAAGUCACUCUCGACCAGUCUGAACCCAUUUCUUCAUCAUCUCCUUCCUUAGAACCCCAAUCAACCUCAAGCUCUGAAUAUUAGAAACAAGACCCAGCACUGAGUUAAUCACAACCCCUCUUAAUUUUUCUAUUUUUACUUUUCUUUUCUAAUUGGGUAUUUUGGUUUUUGAUUGAAUUGAAGUUUAUGUCGACAUUUAUGGCUCCUGGUGCUCUGAAAGAGAAGAUGACUCGGCAAGAAAAUCAGGAAGAUAGCGAGGAAGAAGAUUGGAUGAUAAACUGGGAUCGCAGACGAAGAACAGCUGCAGCUCAAGUUCUUUGUAGUGUAGUCUAUGCCUUGAAAUUGUACCACUUAUAUCAUAGUAAGCACAAUGUAAAUAAGCCUCAAAGAAAUGUGACAGGGAAAAAACGAAAUGCACCAGGAAACAAUGUAUGCAGGAGAGAGUUUGAAAGUAUAAGAGAAGCGAUUCACAGUGUGGCAGAAGCAAUAAGGGAAGCAAAUGCUAUUGCUAAAAGGAGUCAAGUUCAAGUUUAUAGAGAGGAAGAAGUUUUUGCAGAGUUAGUGAAUCUUGGUGUUGAUAAAAGGCUGAGAUAUAAAGCAUACACCUUUCUCACUCAAAAUGCAUCAAAGGUGAGAGCAUUCUUCGGUUGCCCUGUUGAAGAGCGCAAGAAUUUUCUGCUGCAACUCAUGCAUGGACCGCACAAUCUUUGACUACGGCUCUUAGUGUUUGAUAGACUGAUACACAAACUCUUGCUAUUUGGUAAUAUUUUCUGUUUCAGCUUUUGUGCUGUGAUUUUUCUGUCUCUAAAUUGUGCUAUUGCUGAUGGGUGUUGUAAUGCAAAGUUCAGUCUCAAACUUCAAAAGUCAAUUUUCAUCUCAUUAGAUAGACUUUCAACUCAUAGACACGCUUUAAGGUUGAAUCCAUCAUAUUUGUAUUAUUUCUCUUUUCUGUUUCACAAGUUUUGAAACUGA